CCACCACCACCACCAAAGACUUUCUCAUCCCUCACUUACCCAUCCAUCCCGACAUCUCCUCCUUCCCUUCAUCAUCAACAACAUAAAAACAAUGACAACCCCGCCAUCCCCCACCCCCUACCAAUCCGCCCUCCACCGCGACGGCUUCGUCGUGAUCCCCGCCCUCCUCACGCCCCCGGAAAUCACCCACUACCGCCGCAUCGCCACAGCCGCGACGCAGCUCACCCGCACCGGCCAAUGGCCGUACUUCCGCACGGUGCCCAAACAAUUCCCGCCGUGGCCGCGCACCCUGCCCGCGGCCUCCGACGGCGGCAUCUGGGGCGUGCAGCACCUGCUGCACCCGGACAUGCCGCACCGGACGGAGUUCGCGCGCUUCUACUUCUCGGCGAAGGUGCUCGCCGUCGCCGAGGAGCUACUGGGAAUUAGCACGCCCGGCAAAGCAGCCACCGGCAACGGCAACGGCAACGGCAACGGCAACGAGCCCGAACCCGAACCCCUCGUCAUGGAACUCUUCAACCUCCUCGUGGCCCCGGAGACCCACGACUUCGCGCUCCGCUGGCACCGCGACGACAUCCCGGAGCACGUGUCCGCCGACGAGGAGCUCCGGCUGCUGCAGACCAAGAGCCCGCAGGGCCGCCAGUCCCACGCCCAGUAUAACCUGGCGCUGUGCGAGGAUCGCUCGCUGGUCGUCGUGCCGGGGUCGCAUCGGCGCGUGCGCACGCCCACCGAGCGCGCCGCCGACCCCUACGCCGCUGAGUUGCCGGGGCAGGUCGUUGUGACGCUCCACCCGGGCGAUGCCGUGUUCUAUGAUAGUAAUAUCUUGCAUCGCGGGGUGUAUCGGGCUAAGGUUGCGGGGGCUGGGGUGGAGGAGGAGCCGAGGUUGACGUUGCAUGGGAGUUUGGGGUGGAAGGGUUCGGUGGAUGGGGGUGGUCAGGGGGAUGAGGGGAAGAGUGCGGCGGUGCGGGCGACGGCGGUGUUGCAGCAUGGGGUGGGCGCGUGGGUGCAGCGCGAGGAUGCCGCGUUUGGCAUCGGCGAGCGCCCUGAGAGGAUGCGGGCGAAUCUUGUGGCGAUGGGGUCGGGCGAGGGCGUCGGGUUUUCUCUGCAGGGGUGAUUGUUUCCCUGAAAGGGGGACCUGGUUCCGUUCCCACGGGAUGUAGAUACUGUUGCGAGGAGGUGGGGGGAUGGACGGUACAUUAUAUAUGGAGAGUGUCGGUUCCCUGAAACAAUACAUUUAUGAGUA